AUGGCAGCAGCCGUGGGCUCSAGCAGGGACUGCCUGCAGGCGGGGGAAUCGUGCACCAGUGACCCGGUGUGCAGCGCCAAGUUCCGCACGCUGCGCCAGUGCAUCGCGGGCAACGGCGCCAGCAAGCUGGGCCCCGACGCCAAGAGCCAGUGCCGCAGCACCGUCACCGCCCUGCUCUCCAGCCAGCUGCACGGCUGCAAGUGCAAGCGAGGCAUGAAGAAAGAGAAGCACUGCCUCAGCGUCUACUGGAGCAUCCACCACACCCUGAUGGAAGGCAUGAAUGUCAUGGAGAGCUCCCCGUACGAGCCGUUGGUCAGGGGCUUUGAUUWCGUCCGGCUGGCGUCCAUCACUGCAGGGGCAGAGAACGAGGUGACGCAGGUGAACCGCUGCCUGGACGCCGCCAAGGCCUGCAACGUGGACGAGAUGUGCCAGCGGCUGCGCACCGAGUACGUGUCGCUGUGCAUCCGGCGCCUGGCCCGCGCCGACGCCUGCAGCCGCUCCAAGUGCCACAAGGCCCUGCGCAGGUUCUUCGACCGCGUGCCCCCCGAGUUCACCCACGAGCUGCUCUUCUGCCCCUGCCACGACACSGCCUGCGCCGAGCGCCGCCGCCAGACCAUCGUCCCCGCCUGCUCCUACGAGUCCAAGGACAAACCCAACUGCCUGGCCCCUCUGGACUCCUGCCGCGAAAACUACGUCUGCAGGUCACGCUACGCAGAGUUCCAGUUCAACUGCCAGCCAUCGGCGCAGGCUGCCAGCGGCUGCCGCAGGGACAGCUACACCGCCUGUCUGCUGGCCUACACCGGCAUCAUCGGCAGCCCCAUCACCCCCAACUACAUCGACAACUCCACRUCCAGCAUAGCUCCCUGGUGCACCUGCAACGCCAGCGGGAACCGGCAGGACGAGUGCGAGAGCUUCCUGCACCUCUUCACCAACAACAUCUGUCUCCAAAACGCCAUUCAGGCCUUUGGCAACGGGACUCACCUGAACACAGCCGUGGCCCCGUCCAUCCCCCCCACCACACAGAUGUACAAGCAGCAGCGAAAUGCCAACAGAGCCGUGGCGACCCUCAGAGACAGCAGCUUUGAGCACCUCCAGCCCACCAAGGUGGCUGCAGAGGAGAGGCUUCUGCGUGGCUCCACUCGUUUGUCCUCAGGCACCUCCAGCCCAGCCGUCCCUUGCUGCUGGGCAGCCUCUCUGCUGCAGAUGUGGCUUCUCYUCGCUCCUGCUCUGCUGAGCCUCCCAUGAUGUGAGCAGGGCAGGCACACACCAGGCACAGACUCGAUUGUGAUGGUUUCUUUGCUAAACAGAGCAGUAACUUUUUCAGGAGGARGUCGGGGAGAAGGGAGGGCACGGGAAGGCAGGGUGACUGUUUGGGAAUCCCUUCCUCCUCCUCCUCAUCUGUCUGACACUUUAUUUGAUUUGAUACGAUCAGCAUUGUUGACAACCAGCUCAUUCUUGGUCCUGGCCACCUUUCCACACCACAGCYUGGUUGUUGUUUCUCCAGCCCUCUAUGGAUGGGGUCAGAGCCAUAGACAAUUCCCUUGGGAAUGAUGAAGGAAAGAGUUGAUUCAGAAGUGAGACCUGCAAAGGAAAAGCAUUUCCCUGCACCAGCCAAGAGGGGAAAGACUGGAUGGAUGGAUGGAUGGAUGGAUGGAUGGAUGGAUGGAUGGAUGGAUGGAUGGAUGGAUGGAUGGAUGACCUGUCAGGAGUUUCCUAAAGCCCUGACUCACAUGAGGGGCUCUCAGCAAGACAUGUCAAGUGAUGUGGAGUUCUCCAGGGUUGCUCAGGACCUGAAGGACAGCUCACCUGGUUCCUUCAGACUGAAGAAACCAGAGCACUGGUGAGAAGGUGUUUGGAUUUGUUCACUGGAGAGGAACCUGCAGCACCUCUGGGGAGGACAAAGUAACCACACUCCAAACUGGCUGGCAGGGAUURUCCACACUCUCAAAACCACAGCCAGAGUGCAUCCAGCAUCCAUGUCCCCGAGCUGCCAUCUCCUCUCCAGGCCUCCUUCUUAGGGRAGCCUGUGUCAUGUAUUGAUGGUAUUCUGGAAGAAGACACGUGUUGUGUUUUGUUUACGGCUGAAUUUUUUGUGUCCCAACUCAAGCAUCUCUAUCUACCGGUCCUGAACAGUUUGGGGCAUUUUUUGUCAGGUCCAAAUAACCAGAGGCCAAUAAUGUCCCACUCCAGGCUACCCUUUCUCUGUCAGGGGUCAGUGGGUGAGCCUGUGGGCACRAUUUGAUGUAAGCCCAACACAUCCCAGUCUCACAUGAUGCCUGUUCAUCCACUGGUCUCAUAGGCAGAGGGUCUUCAGCCAAGGGAUUUCAUUCAUUUUCCUAGGAAGAGAUAGGAUGGGAGAGAUUUGCUAAAUACCACCCUGAGGACAGAACUACCCAGCCAGAAAAGGCCGAGUCAUUCAUUAUGUCACGGGUAGGGAUUGACUGAGGUUUCCCCUCCUUGAAGAACUGGCAGAGGUGACCACUGUGUCUGGGUGAGCGGGGGAAGGAUUUGCAUCUUGCCAGGUCCUGUUUAUUCAGACAAGGUKUCAUUUAAGCAAAGGCKGCUGWAGUGACCCUUUCUACUGAGCUGCARUCAGAGCCCAGGGGAGGAGGGCGAAGGCAAAUGUCUCUCUGGUGUCUUGGGGCACAGGGAGGCAGAUGUGUGGCCUUGGACUACCUGAGCAUCCCAGAGUCCUCCCCUGAGAACAGGAGCUGAGGAGUCCCAGUGCCCCUUGGGGGGCUGAACCCCUUUACCAUGCUAAGCUGGGAAAGGAGAUGGUGAGGAAGAGGGAGAAGGUUUCCCAGGAUAAAUGUCUACCAGGCUGAGUAGGAACAUGGGAGGAACAGCAGCAGCUCCAGAAUUCCCCUGAGUAUAUUUAGGCCUGGUCUUUGCAGCAGUCCAUUUAUUCCUUGGUUUGUGCUCCUCCGAUAAAUAUCAUUAAUUCCUUGCCAUUUGAAUUCAUGGAAAGGUUUAGGAAGCAUCUGACACAGCAAAGUCCAUUGUUUUUUAUUCCCAAAAAAGCUUCAGAUUUUGCUGCAAAACUGCAGCAACUUGCUUGGCUUUUGUUCCAACAAGAAUCCCCUCUCGGUUCCAUUGAGCACUGUGCAUGUGCCUGCCAUGAGCAGCAAUGGUCCUGCUGCAUCCUGGACAAUGUGCUGCUCCUUGAGCUCCUCGGGGCUGCAGCACCUGCGUUUCUAAUCUAAGACUGUGCAGAGGAACGUGCCAGGCUCCAAGGCUUGUGUGCAGGGUGGCAGCUCACACCCGGAGCCAAAAGUUGUGUGAGAACUUCACRGCCAAGGGGCUCACCCAGAUCAGACAAGGAGGGAGAGCUGCGGGCAGGAAAGUCCUUCCAAAGUGCCCAUAUCUGUGCACGGAGUUGCUGUGAACAUCUCCCCUUUAUCCAGGACAUCAGCAUCUUCUGAGAGACAAAUGACACACCUACCAAAACGUGUGUCCUGUGAGCUGCAGGAGAGGGAUGGAACCCGGAUUGCUCAGCCCUCCAAAGGCAGUGAACUACCUCAACACCACGAGGUCAUGCUGGCAAUUGCCUUCCUCUGCCCCUUUCCUUUCCAGUCCUGUAGUCAUGCUCUGCUUUUCCACAUAUCUGCCCCAUCAAACCUGUCUCCAGCAGCUUUUAAUUKUGCCCGGGUGGCGUGUCUGCAUGGGAUAUAGGGGUACAAGUGUCAGCUGCAUCAGGAGCACUCCAGUGUCCCUUACAAGUCAUUGUCAGUGAUGUUCAAGUGCCACUUUGCCAUUUCCCUCUCGUUCAGCAGASAAAGAGUUUUUCUGGGUGGUUGGGAUGCCUGGUGACCCCACCUCACCUCUCCCUUUGGACUGGUUUGCUGUAAAAGAGAGGUGUGGAGAAUCCUACUGAAGGACAGGAUGGGAUGGAGGAGACCUGCAGAAGCUGUCUAGUCCCAGUACCAUCAGCACCUAUUUUAACAAUUUCAAUGACAGACAUCRUCAUCUCCCCUGGAUUUAUCUCACAGAAUCAUGAAAUGGGUUGGGAGGGACCUUAAAGUUSAUCUYAUUCCAGCUGCCCUGCCAUGGGCMGGGACACCUUCCCUAGACCCAAACCCACCCCACCUGCCCUUGGACUCUUCAGGGAUAUCUCGCUUUAAAGACUCUGGGGGUGUUGUCUCUACAAAUCACCUCCCAACAAGACCCUCAGCUCUCUGUCCCAUCCUUUGUGUCCUCUCCCAGGCCAGGUCCUGCCCUCCUGGGGUUCCCCGUGGUUCAGGGAUGCUUUGAAUGAAGUGAAUGAGGCACAGAGCAAAGAGCCUCUCGCCCAGCACAGAAGAUUUAGAGGAGUGGGAAUUAGAAAAAAAAGUUAUCCCCCAACUUUCAUGGCUUUUUUCUGAUCCUUUCACCCUUUUCACCAUUAUUUAAUGUUGAUUCUCCCUCCAAGCCUGUUCAUGAAUCACACUUUGCAAAAAAAGGAUGACUUUUGAGCCUUUUUUGGAGGAAGGAAAUGCAAUUACUCUCCUUCCACCCACCCAACAUGUGUGCACAGACCACUGCUUUUUCCUUGUGAAAAGUCAGUAAUUUUUUUUUUAAUGAAAUUCCCUCUCUGCUGAAUUCUGUGAAGCGAACUGUGGAUCUUCAUUUGUAAGUCUCUUGACUAACCACAMAAGUCACAGCAGCUGCUUGUAAAGGAAAAGAACUGUGUGAGCCAAGAGACAGAAAGGGAGACAAGUUUUUUUAGGAAUGACUCCAUUCCUAGGGACUACCAUAAGCACAAAGAGCCAUGGGAAAAAGGAAGGGAAAAAAMCACAGUUAAAGAACCAGCCAGAUUUUCUGUAGCCACUGAACUCUGUGUUUUUGGCUGCACAGCACCAGUGCCUGUGGUUUGACACCCCUGAGAGCCCGUGAAAUCUCGUGUAUGUACAAAUACACGUCGUGUCCUGUCAGCACGUGCAGCAUUGUCCAAGCAGGAGCUGGAGCAGGAGCAGGA